GAAAUAACUCACACUUCAUUUCUUUGCCCUCUUCUUCCAACGCCAUCAUGACCAUCAAAUCACCCCGUAAUAACUCAGAGAACCUUCCACUUCGAGAAAUACCAGGUGGGUAUACCUAUGCUGGCUCCUCCUUCUUGGGAGCCAUAAAAGACAGAUAUGACUAUUUCUACAACCAAGGCGGCCAAGACAACUUCUUCCUCGCCAAACUCCGGAAGUACAACUCCACCGUCUUCCGUUCCAACAUGCCGCCCGGCCCUUUCAUCUCCAGAGACCCCAGGGCCGUCGUCCUCCUCGACGCCGCGGCCUUCCCCCUACUCUUCGACAACUCCAAGGUUGACAAAAGGGAUGUACUCGACGGCACUUUCAUGCCAUCCACCGCCUUCUUCGGCGGCCACCGCCCCUGUGCCUUCCUCGACCCCACCGAGCCGUCGCAUGCGGCGUUGAAGUCCUUUUUCUUAGCAACCUUAGCCGGCCUCCACAAAAGCUUCCUCCCGCUCUUCACCGCCUCUCUCGGAGACCUUUUCGUCAGCUUGGAAUCCGAGGUGUCCCGGAAGGGGAAAGCGGGUUUCAACAAUGCUAGUGAUAGGAUGUCAUUUGAUUUCAUUUUCCGGCUGUUCUGUGACGGGAAAGACCCGUCGCAGACAAAGGUCGGUGACGGUGGGUCAAAGCUCGUUGACUCGUGGAUCCAAUUCCAGAUUUCCCCGUUAUACUCUAUGGGUUCGUCGAAGUUUGUCCCGAACUUUCUUGAUGACUUGAUUUUCCACGUAUUCCCGUUACCAUUUCUCGCCGUUAAGUCGGCUUACAAGAAACUUUGUGACGUUUUCUCCGAGUCGGCGGCUCCGCUUCUGGAUGAAGCGGAGAAGAGGGGCUUGGAGAGGGACGAAGCUCUUCAUAACUUGGUGUUCCUAGCCGGCUUCAACGCGUACGGCGGCAUGAAAGCCUUCUUCCCAUCACUAAUCAAGUGGGUCGGCAGCGCGGGGGAGGACUUACACCGCCGACUUUUUAAGGAAAUCAGGGCCGUUGUUAUGGAAGAAGACGGCGUGACUCUCAUAGCCCUAGAGAAGAUGAGUUUGACCAAGUCAGUGGUUUACGAGGCGCUGCGGAUUGAACCCCCGGUCCCGUUCCAGUACGGAAAGGCCAGGGAGGAUACGGUGGUCCAGAGCCACGAUUCGUCGUUCCUGAUCAAAAAGGGUGAAACGAUCGUGGGAUAUCAGCCGUUGGUUAUGAAGGAUCCGAAAGUGUUCGCGGAUCCGGAGCGGUUUGUGCCCGACAGGUUUGUCGGGGAGGGAGGGGACAUGAUUCGGUACGUGUUCUGGUCAAACGGAAGGGAGACAUGCAACCCUACAGCUGGCAACAAACAGUGCGCAGGGAAGGAUCUGGUGGUGCUCAUGGCCAGGCUAAUUCUGGUGGAGCUUUUUCUUCGAUACGAUUCAUUCGAAGUAGAGUGGGAAAGGCUCAUCAUCGGUUUAUCCGUCACUAUUGUCUCAUUCACUAAACGCACGUGAGGGAUAACUUUAUUCUUAAUAUGUUGCUAAUUAAAACAAAACUCAUGUAAUUACUGCAUACAUAUGUUGGCUACAAUAAAUGUAAAAUAACUUACAAGCAUCACUACAAUCACUUUGUAUUAAUUAGAAUUAAAUUCUCA